UUGAGGGAAGACCAAUAAAUCGACUACUGUGCUCCAGUUCUGUGAAAAACAAAAAAAAAAAAAAAUGUCUGUUUACUUUUUUACCGCUCCUAACGGCUUUCGUCAUGUGCUGAAGUUCUACGCGUUAUGCAUAAUUCUACUGGUUCACGCACAGCUAUCUCAUAGUCACUGGUACUGGCAGUCGGAUGAGAGUGACGAAGAUUCGAUAGAAUUAUCUACGCCUGAAGAAUGUGCACGGAAUUGCUCAGAAUAUGAGGAACCUAAAAAUUGUUAUUAUACCUUUCAAGUUGAAUAUUAUACAACAGUGGGACCUGCCUGUAACUACACAGGAUUUGAGAAUCAAUGUAUUGUCGCGGAUGGAUUUGAGAAAACAAUAUUACCUAUCAAUCGACAAUUACCAGGCCCACUGAUUGAGAUAUGUUUGAAUGACAGAGUUAUAAUCGACGUGACUAAUGGUGCUCCAGGAAUGGAAAUCACAAUGCAUUGGCAUGGAAUUUUCCAAAAUGGUUAUCAAUAUUAUGAUGGUGUUCCUUAUAUUACACAAUGUCCAAUUGGAUCUUCAACAACAUUUAGAUAUGAUUUUGUAGUGGCAAAUUCAGGCACGCAUUUCUACCACUCUCACGUAGCAACGCACAUGCUAGAUGGGCAAGUUGGGGCUCUUAUUGUCAGAGAUCCACCAUCCUUAGAUCCUCAUAGUAAAUUAUUUGAUACAGACCAAGUAGUAAUAUUUUUGACUGACUGGAUGCAUGAGUUGUCAAUCGAACGUUUUCCUGGUUGGUAUAGACACGAUAUAGGACAGACUGCAAAAAAUAUACUUAUAAAUGGCUUAGGAAAUUGGACAGAUCCAGAUACUAAACAAACGACUAAUGGAAGUUUAACACAAUUUACGAUCGAGCAAGGACUACGUCAUAGAAUGAGGAUGAUUAAUUCUUUCAGCACAGUAUGUUUAGCAGAACUCUCGAUUGAAAAACACAGAUUAACUAUAAUUGCUCAGGAUGGCGCAAAUGUGCAGCCUAAAACAGUGGAUAAAAUAGUUUCAGCUACAGGUGAACGUGUUGAUUUCAUCCUAACUGCAGAUCAAGACCUAGACUCAUAUUGGAUACAAGUACGUGGUCUCGGCGAAUGUGCAGAAAAGGGUGUACAGCAAUUGGCUAUCUUAAGAUAUGAAAAUGGUCCUGCACAGCCAUCAUCAGCUCCUCCUGCUUAUAAUGAUACAAUAAAUGGUGUAACAUAUAAUGAUCUAGAUGCAACGAAAUGCAAUACUAAUGACACUGAGACUGUAGUUUGUUCUAAUCAAUUGGAAAGUGUAAAUUCCGAGGUUGAAAUCAUGAAAGUUGAACCAGAUGCAAGGCAUAUAUUACCCUUUUGGUUCUUCAAUUACACUCAGUACGAUAAUAAACCAUUAUUUGGAGUAGAUUCGUAUCGCACUUUCAUGGAUGUAAAUGAUUAUUCUCAGCUUAUUUCUACAUUCAAUAAAAUCGCAUUUGAGACGCCACAGGCGCCUUUAAUCUCACAAGCUAACGUUGUCAAAACCAUAUGCAAACCAAAUCAAAUGAGCAAUUGCACUGAGCCUUGCAUAUGUACUCAAGUUAUUAAUGUCAGUCUACAUGAUGUCGUGGAAUUAAUAAUAUACGAUGCAGCAUGGUUAAGUGAAUUGCAUCAUCCGUUCCACUUACACGGUUAUGAGUUCAAAAUAUUUAGCAUAGGACAGUACACUGAUGGUAGAAACAUUUCGACUGCAGACAUAGAUGAAGUAAUAGAAAAACAUACGGAACGUCUUAAAAAUGGAGAGUAUCACAAUCCACCUGGUAAAGACACUGUUAAAAUUCCAACGAAUGGAUACUCAAUCAUACGUUUCAAGGCGGAUAAUCCAGGAUGGUGGCUAAUUCAUUGCCACUUUAGUUGGCAUCAUCUUACUGGAAUGGAACUGGUUAUUCGUGUAGGAACUAAAGCCGAUCUUCCAUCGAUUCCAGACAAGUUCCCUCAGUGUAGUAAUUGGAAACCGGCAUUGCAUACUUUGAACGAAUUUUAUGGUAUUGGUCAUUCCCACGUCCAAUAA